CAGUUCAACAACACAGACUUGAAACCAAUGAGACAGUCCAUGCUGAGUGAAUGACAGCUUGUUAAACUCCGUAGUUUGUGUUUAACGUUAGCAGAAACAGCAGCAGUAUUAGGUGUGGAUGAGCUGGUUUACCGGAAGGUGAAAGAGAUGUUUUGUGGUCCAGCAGGUCGGAGGGGAUGUGUCGGACUUCUCCACUGCAGCUGGUCACUCACAACCAGUCCCAGAACUCUCGCUAUCCCUCGUUGCCCUCUGCUUACUUCACGGUCCUUCUCCAUCUCUGCCAACGUGAAGUAUUCAACACAUAAUGAGGUAAACCAGCCUCUGAAGCAGUGGGAUCUGCUGGUGAGCCCCUACAGCACUGUGCGGGUACAGCUGGGCUGCAGUAUCUCCAUCCACCCGCUGGAUCCGCACGCCUUCCCCGAGGCUGACCGAGUCUUCAUCAGAGUUCAUGGAACAGACACGGAACAGGCGAUCGGUCUGGAUUACUUACAAGUCCACUAUGAUGACCAGAGCAAAGAGCUGCUCAUCUCAGCUAAGAAAGUUAACCACAGCAUGUCAAUUGACCUGACUGCACCUAUUAAAAGUAAUCUCCUCAUUACUACUCAGGGACAAGGCAACGUGCAAGUGAAGAACAUGGAGUGUGAUAUCUGCAAGGUGCAGACAGAGAAGGGCAACUGCUUGCUGCAAUCUAUCAAGGCUCAGCAGGUUGAGGUCCAGUCGCAAGGAGGACAUGUUACAGGUGUGGGCACUAUCCAUGGCAAUGUGGACAUCAGCACAUGUGGAGACAGUGGAGUGGAUUUCAAGAAGCUUCAAGGUACCAAAAUGAAUAUUUCAACAGAACGUGGCCCUCUGAAAGUCAAAGCCAUCUAUGCUGAGUCCAGCUGCAUCUCCUCCUGCUCUGGGAGAGUAGAACUGGGGCACGUACACGGUAACACCACUGUGAAGAACGUGUCUGGAGAUACAGUUGUCGAUGGUUCAAAUAGUUUCCUGGAAGUUUCCUCUCACAGCGGAGGCAUUGAUGUCUAUGUGGGAGAUGGUGGCAGUGCCAAACUCCACAGUCAGGAAGGAGCGGUGUGUGUGCGUGUCCCCUCCUCGUUGAAAGCUGGGGUGGAGCUCUGUGGAACAUCGGUGGAUAUCAGCCCAGAAGUUGGUCUGCAUGGAGUAGAAAAUAACACAACCGAAGGCCAAACCACAGUUACUGGCUACAUGAAUGGAGAGUCCCCCAUGGACCACUGGGUUAAAGCUCAAGCAGACAGAAACUCUGUCAGACUGAAGACACAAAGCUGGUUUGAAUCCCUGAAGCUGGGGGGCUGAGUUAUGAACGGCAUCACUGUAGUGGAGCUUUACACUGACUAAGCCAGAUAUUUAUUGCUGCUCCUCAAGACUGGACGCACAUUUACCUCACUAAAGUAUUGGAAACUCAGUGCUCAAGAUAUACUGUACUUUCAAUAAAGACAAUAUGUAUCACCAAUGUUAUAUAACAAACAGUCUGUAUGUGUUUA